AUGCAAGCCUUACCGAGGACGAUUGCUGUUAUCCACACUCCAUACUGGAACGCAUCAGAACAAGAUGAACUGCAGAACGUCUCUGUACCAGCAAUUAUUUACUUCCCAAGAUCAGACAAGAAGGGCUAUGCUACCAACGACUCAUCACGUCGCCAAAACAGAGAAUCUCAGUCAAAAGUACAUCACAGCUACAAUAAGCAACUUCCUUCCCACUCAGAGGCAAACCGACCAGAACAAUCGCCCAAGUCUGUAUUCUCAAGCCCUUCAAUCACAUGCAACUUUAACAUGACGGAUUUCGAACGCUUCCUGCUCAGUGACACUGGCAAAGAAGCACAGCAAAAUAAAUAUUCUUACUACACUGUCCCCCAGUCUACUUCAGAACGCAAUUCAAGUCCAAAAAAGAGAAGGAGAGUGGAUGGUCUGAAGAUGGCAGAGCGGGAGCUUCGCGAGUAUGAGCGCUGGGUUUUUGGCACUUGGGAAAAUAUAUUUUCUGGAUCCUAUUCAUAUUCUGGGUAA